AAUGCCCGAGCCAAUCACAGGCGGGCAGAUGCAUGUAAAAUUGGCCGCUGAGUUUGAGGACUGGAUUGAGCACACAGUGCUGUGGGACAGCUCGCAAUCACGCGCCUGAGCUCGAGCGCUCACAUAUAACUUCCUCGAUUCCAUUCGCGCAUUGGCUAAUGCGCACCUUUCUUUACGCGUCCACCAUGGUCGUAGACGUCUGAAUUGAGGAUUAUUACUUUAGUAAGAGAGAUCGCGAGUAUAUAGGACAUUGUGCAUUUUGCAGUUUGAAAUUGUAUUGUUUGUUUUUGUGAAUCCGUCCUCUGCGCUCCGGACACUUUUUACGUCAUUGAAAACUGCACAAGUUUUCAGUUGGAAUCUGAUUUUCGGACGCACAAUUUGGGAGAUUUCUGUCUGCGUGACUCAGUGGUCCUUGUGUAUGGAUGUAGUGGGUGUCGGAGUGUCGGACUGAGGGGUCGAUACGGACCGAUCCGGGGGUUCCAGACGCGCGUCCCCGUGAUAACCCACAGCAUCAUCACCGUCCAGCCGAGCGCCUCCAGCAGCAGGCGAGAUGAUUCUUCUCGGGCUUCUUCUAAAUCUGUUUUUCAUUGAGGGUUCUUUUCCCUCGGUGGUGCCGGUGUUCCCUGGAACUUUGGACUGCAUAGCGGCUGUAGACAAAUGUAUGCUGCACCCGGACUGUAAGAGGCAGUUUCGUCAUUUGGAAUACUGUGUGGAUGAGGAGGCAGUGGCACCGUUGAGCCUGGAGUCACGGCAGGCCUGCAUCGAUGCCCAGAACGGUCUCAUGCACUAUCAACCACUGCAAGAAUGCAAGUGCCAGCGAGGGUCACGCAUGGAACAGCUUUGCCUGAGUAUUUACUGGACCAUACGCUUUCCACAGGGUUUUGAUGACAUUGAGACUUCCCCGUAUGAAGACAUUGAACUGGAACUGGUGAGAAACACUGAAACGUCAAAACUGGCUUCAAUAGUUUCAGUUUCCUCUCUUCCUCUGACCGAUCAGAACCAAUGUCUCAAAGCGGCUCAGGACUGUGGCUUGUUUGAGAAAUGUGGUUCCCUGCGGUCCGAAUAUGCGUUAGCUUGCACCAAGAUCCUACCGGGCACAAACCACUGUAACAGGCACAAAUGCCACCGCGCUCUCCGGCGCUUCCUGGAGCGCGUUCCCGAGGAAUACAGCUUCGGGGUUUUAUUCUGCCCGUGCUCGGACACUCUGUGCGGGGAGAGAAGAAGAAAGACCAUCGUCCCGUCCUGUUCCUACGAGGAGAGAGACGGACAGCCAAACUGCCUCCAUUUGGAAAGUUAUUGCCUCAAAGACAACCUGUGCAGGUCUAGAUUGGCCGAUUUCCAGCAGAACUGUCAGCCGUCGUCUCUUUCGCCCUCCGGCUGUCUCCGGGAGAGUGGAGCCGUGUGUCUCAAGGCCUACGCUGGACUCAUCGGCACCAUCAUGACUCCAAACUAUGUGAGUAACAGCAGUACAGAGGUGUCGCAGUGGUGUAAUUGUGAAGGCAGCGGGAACCAGUGGCAGGACUGUCUGCGUAUCUUACAUAUGUUUAAUAGCAACAUCUGCCUGCGCAAUGCAAUUGACACCAUGGGAAGCUCCACCCCCCGUCCAGCAGAGGGCACGCCCCUUCCUCCACCCCGUCCCUCCCCGCAGGUCCAGCGUGAUGAGCUGAACAUCAACCUGCUGCCUGAACCUGAUAUAGUGGUGGAAAGCGAAGAAGAAGAAGAGGAAGAAGAAGAAGAGGAAGAUGAAAACGAAACGGCAGCAGGAGGGUUCAACGUCAUCCCUCACUUCUCAGACAAGGUGACAGUCACUAAUCUGGGCUCGGAGGCGGACAGGGUCCACGGUCGAGCCGCCUCCCUCUCCAACCCUUACUUCAUGUUAACGGUUCUGUUGCUGAUCGCCCUCAGCUGGGGCUAGAAACUCUCGCUCAUACAAAUUCAUACAUACACACGCACACACAUAUACAUGCACACAAACACACACUCUCACACCAGACUCUAAGACCUGUUAUCGAGAGACGAGUGGAACGUCACAUCUGGAGAGAGCGAAACGAGGGGAAAACUCUUCUGUCCUUCUUUCUGUCUUUCAUUCAUUAUUUUUCUCCUUGAGAAGAGACUCUGCUAUAGAUGUAGCUGCUUGUUCAUUAGGGAAUCACUUUUUGAAUCGGAUUCCCCUGCCUGAUUCAUUCGAAUCGCGAGUCAAGAUUCACGACUCAUCGGAUUGACUGGUGAAGAGUACAGUAGGCGACUGUGGCUGAGCGAUGUAUCUACUGUAUAAUGCUUCAGACAUGGACAUAAAAGUGAGACAACAUUGCUGUUCGAGUCUUGGCUGUCCCUAUAAUGUGCGUGUGCAGCAUCGCAUUACCUGCAUUCAAAUCCGCUGUUUAUUGUUGCUGAACUUGUAUGAAUUGAGACAAAAUGUGUGUAUGUAUGUAUGUACGUGCAAAUUUGAUUCGAGGAAAAAAUGUGCCGAGCACUAAAUCAUUUUCACACCCAUGUGUCUCUCAAGUCAGGUCACACACCUAAUCACACACGAACACCCGCCCUACCGCGGAUCGCGCAGAUGCAAUCGCUUUUCAUUUAUUGCUCUGCAAUGUGCAUUCAUUUUUUGGACUCAGCACAGACUCUAACCAGGGGCAUAAAUAAAAAAACACGUCCUUCGACAGAGAAAACAUGAGUAAUAAAGGCGAAAUAAACAAACUAAAUAAAUAAAUAUAUCUCCGCACAGCAGGUGUCGGAGUCCGGUCUGGUUUUAGUACUCGAGGGGAUGAACAGGAAGUCAUUUUCAAGCCGCCUGUCGCCCGCUACCUCUCCCCGACUCUCUUGUUUUACUUUCACAGAGAUAAUGGCUUACAACACAAACUGUUUAUCUUGUUGUGCGUUUGUGGCGAAGAAUUACUUGCGAUGGGGAAGAAAUAGAAAAAGAGAUCAAGGAGGAGAAACACGGAGCGUCAAACCCUCCAGCAAAAAAAAAUCAUACAGUGUGGUAUCGCUUGCUUUCUCUGUUUCUUAUAAAUCUGUUGCUGACACUGAGGCUUUUUCAUUUCCGUUUCUUUUGAUCUUCUCUAUCUUUUUUUUAUGUGUACUGUAUGUCCAAAGAAGUGAGUUUUCUUAAAGGGAUAGUUCAGCCAAAAAAUCUAAUGAAUGUAAUUUACCCCAAUGUUGAUCCAAACACAAAACACAAAUGGAGAAAUUUAUCCGGACUGUGCUGGUCACUGUUUUUCAUGGAUGGGUAAUGUUUUUAAGCUUUCGAAUGAUCUUUUGGUUGAAAUCUAUAAAGACAUGUUCAGUUUUGUUUUAGUUUGAAAGCUUAAAAAGUAUUAAUAAAAAGUAUUAUUUGUAUGCAGGGUUGCCAAGUCUGCGGUUUUCCCUUGGAAAUGGGCUACUUGAAUACUGUUGCUGCGGGCUGUUUAUUAUGUCCGUGGAUUGAAGCAAACCCAAAUAAUGAAUAAUUUAGCCUUGUGAAUGCCAAUUUCAUAGAUGAACCCUUCUAAAAAAAUUAUUUUACUCCCAAAAUACCAUUUUUACCGGAGACCCUGUUUGAAAGGCAAUUGCAUAGUUUUGCGAUUAGGUUGGGUUUGUUGUGAAAACCUGGCAACCCUGUUUGUAUGUUCCCCCCAAAAAAUGUCUCUUAUAGCCUCUCUCAUCAUCUACAAAUAAAUCCCCUCUCAUUCUCCAGUAUAGCAACGCAUCCGUGCCAGACUAGCGCAUGUGAGGCGCAACUAAAGUUUUGGUGAUAAAUCCAAAGGGACAAAUAUUUUAAUAGCACUAUUAAACUUGCGUCUUUUCCCCUUGAGUUGUUGUCGUCGUCUUGCUACAGUGGUAAACAGCUGCCGUCAGGACUCUCAGCGGUCCUCCUGUUGAUAACGCAAACUUCUGAGCCAAACGUAGAGCCGGCAGGGAGAUGGGGGUGGAAUCAAACUCCGGUUCGGACUGAGCAAUCAAGCCAAGCUUUCUAUUGUGAGGGCCACUCAAGACGCCCGCCGCCCCCCUCUUCCUCUCCGGAAGAAAUUAAAGCAUCGCUAAAGUGCUCAUAUCUCAUCUGGCAUUCACACGAAGCACCUUAAAUUACACCGACACGACUUAACAAUCAGAUUCUGAACCGAUCCAUUAUGCGAAGGAACGGUCUGAUUGAACAGACGUUGUUCUUCUCGACGUCUUCUCCUCCGGCGCAAGGUCAGCGAGCCACGCUGCGUGCCCGCUCAAUCAGUAGGGUUAAUUAAGAGAAGAAACGAGAGCGCGUCUGGAUUGAUGCGCCUGUCGAAAUAGCGGGCAGCCUUUAUGAUGGCUGUUGUUAUUUUUUAAUUGUUAUCUGGGGCGAGUGUCAUCCGCCCAGCCAUAACAGAGGGAGGCAUCGGAUGAGUGACAUCAGAGCGGGAGAAGUCGGCAAGGGUGUCGGUAUCUCACAUUAAAAUAUUUCCGUAAAAAAUAAACGAGCCGUGCGUUAAAUAAGUGAAAGUAGAAACUUUGCUGCCGAUGGCACGAAGGGUGCAUGUGAUGCCAACGUGGCUUCCCAUAGAAUUUCAAGGAUUAACGGAUAAAUGAUCACAAAAUGGACGCUUUAUUUUAAAUACACAAAUAAUACAAUUUUCAUGAGGUUUUCCAGCAGGCUUUAUUUCACUCAAAGCUGCAGAGACGCGGCCUGCACUAAAAUAGCCGUAAUACUUUGCGCUGUUGGACUUUGUUUUGCGUGUGCCGCAUUACAACCACGUUCUGGAUUCGCUUAAUAUGAGUCGAACAUUUCCUCCGUGGCCAUCUGUGCCUGUGUACACAGGAGAAACCUCCUCGCCGAGCGCACCAUCGCAGGGAGCAAGGGAACGGAAAAGAGAUAAACACACAAUAAGGGAUAAACGGAUAGAAAAGAGGAGGAGAGAGUGGGUUAGAGAGAAAGCACCCUGGUGAGAGAGCUGAAAAAGGGGAUUGCAUGAGAAAAAGAGAGCGAGAGAGAGAGAAGGAGAGAGUAGUUUACCCUGUAGGCUCAUAGCUUUAUUAUUAUAGUAUGCGGACACUGAUUUAUUUGGCGGCUGCAGGCACCCGUUCUGAAACUCAUUUUAGUGGUACUGAUGUUGAUUCUCUCUCUCUCUUUCUCUUUCUUUCUCUCAUGCUCUCUCUCUCUCUCCUCUGGCUCAGCAUUAUGAGCCAAGUGGACUGUGGCACCGUUUCACCCCACAAUGCACCAUCAAUUGCAUGAAAAUAAUCACCACCGCUAAUGUUUUUCUAAUGAAGACGCCCAAAAUAGUAUCUGUAUUUAAUCCUCUUUUAUGGAGUGCACUUAUUUUUUUUUACUUUUAAUAAUGACUUGACGGAUUUGCUUUGUCUAUUAUCAGAAUUAAUUUUUAAGAAACUAUCAAUGCUGAACACUCCGGUCUGGGCAUUUGUGGUAAUCAGCGCAUGCAAAACUUCACAGAUUUACACAGAAUUGGAAAUCUCUUUGGUUCAUUACUAUUAUUUAAUAUUGUUUCCAAUUUAUGCCUUUAGAUCUGUUUAAGGGGCAUUCACACAAGAAUGACUUUGAACAAAAACGAAAGUGUUCCCGAUCUCCUCAGCUUUUAAUGUGUAUGGAUGGACUCAAUGUCACAUUAAAUCAGUUCUGGGUCUGUGUCACUCAUGUCAACCAAUCAGAUCUCUCAUGUCACCGUAAAUGUUUUAUGUGAGAUCAUGUGUGGAAAAAGUACAAUGAUCAGGGUUAAAACAAUGUGGUGGUUAUGUUGGGUUCGCCAAGCAUGUCUUUCGUUGCAAUGUUGGAUUUGUCUUUAUAUGACACCCUGCUCUCAAAAAACUCUUCUUCAAUUACUGCCCACUGGGUCAAUUUUCGGACCUGUUGUACCGCGCCGGUCCUCCGCCGAUUCCUUCUGCUCAUCUUCCGAGUCUUGGGUCUGUUUAUGUGCCCUGUUUAAAAUCAGGUGUAAAAAUGAGAAUUCACUGUUUCUGUGACCCAUGAUAAUGUACCAUCUGAAAUAAAAUAAACAGAAAACAACCGUC